AAUAAGAUCUGAAACCCUAAUAUCAUUUUCCCCCAAAUCGAUUUGGGGAUUUUCUUGACACACCAACCCUAAAAAUUGCGAUUACAACUCAAAAUCCUCCAAUCUCACACGAUUGACUUCCCUUAGCACGAAGAUGAGUUCGGAUUCGACAGCUGAGAGUUCAACCGUGAACACAUACGGUAUUCGCGGGUUUCCGGCGAGCUGUGUUUGCGGGACUAAGACAACAAUCUACACGUCUGAGACUAACAAGAAUCCGGGGAGACCUUUCUUCAGAUGUCUUACGAGAAGAAAGAACCACUUGUUUAAAUGGGUUGAGGAGGCUGUUUAUGAAGAGGUUCAAGAUGCCUUACCAAAGAUUGUACUGCUUGAAGCUGAGCUUAACAAAGAAAAAUCUGAUAUUGAGGAUUUGAAAGGCGUGGUCACUGAGUUGAUGGAAGAGGUUGUAAGAGCCAAAACAGAGGUGAAGAGGUGUAAGGUGAUGAUGACGAUCUUGUUUGUGAUCAUCUUCUGUUUGCUCUUCUCAUAA